AGGCAAUAAAUGGUUUGUGUGGUCGCUGUCAAACCAGCAAUAAAAUUCGUCUAAAUUAUCCCACACGUACACUGUUUAUAUGUAUUUUUGCAGCUUGAAGUUGAAGUAGUUUUUGCCAGCUUCCGCUUCGGAUGUCUUCUUAAUCCCCUCCAGCCACCGGAAGCUCUACAUAAAGCCGAGGUUGCAAAGUGCGUCACUGCGCGGAUCUACUGACAACGAGCCCGAAGUCCAGCACCGACACUCUCCCUUCUUCUAUUUGUACGAGAUACCCCGAGCUGACGUUUCCACUCCAGCAUGGUGAAGAUUGCUUUUAACUCGGCUCUGGCGCAGAAGGCGCUGGGCAAAGACGUGCUAGCCGCUGAGAAGGAUCCGGAGCUGGCCGCUGCUCCGGCGGGCAGCGAGGGCUCCACAGGUCGCUGCCUGCUCACCCUGCUGGGCAUCGCCUUCAUCCUCAGCGGGCUCAUCGUUGGGGGAGCAUGUCUCUAUCGAUAUUUCACCCCGAAGAGGCUGUACCACGGCGCCAUGCAGUUCAGUGACGUGUCGACCGGGGCUGGAGGAGAGAGCCAGCCGUACUACCUGCCACGGGUGGAGGAGGAGGUGGAGAUCUCGGACAGCAUGGCCGUCAUCAGCGUCCCCCCUCCCCGCUUCAGACCCGGGGACCCUGCCUACAUCCUCCAUGACUUCAACAGGAAGCUGACGGCGUAUCUGGACCUGACUCUGAGGACCUGCUUUGUGAUCCCCCUGAACACCUCUGUGGUGCUCCCCCCUCAGGACCUCAUCGACCUCUUCUCCCAGCUGAUGUCCGGCUCCUACCGCAGCUACUUGGUGCACGAGGACCUGGUGGUGACGGAGCGCAUCGACGACGUCAAGCCUCUGGGCUUCUACAUCCGCCGGCUGUGCGACGGAAAGGAAACCUACAGAAUGCAACGCCGCUCCACCCUGCCAGGUGGCGGCAUCCACAAGCGCUCCGCGGACGACUGUUUCACCAUCCGCCACUUCGAGAACAAGUUUGUGACGGAGACCAGGAUCUGCAAGGCUUGAUGGG